GGCAGGGAAGGGGCUGGAUGUCUGGGUCCUCACCUCUCUCCAAUGACGCGGUCACUUCAUCACCAUCCCCUAGACAGUCUCCUCUCGAUGCAUAACCCUCCCCUCUCUCAGCCCUCCUUUCGAGCCAGUGUCCAGCCACGACUUCUGGUCACGAGGAUGCCUAAAGUGUGAUCAUUUGUUCUCAGACACGAGAAGCCCGGGUUUUGUUGCUUGUGCCUCCCUUGGGAUGUGGCCCCUGUCCACCCUGCGUGGUAACUACAUCAUUUAUUUGGGUGGCCUUUUUUGUUUAAGGAGCAAUGUUAGAGGGGAAAAUCAGCUGGCAAAUAUUGGCCAACCCAGAAGUAUUGGUGAAGGGCCUACUGUGUGCCAGGUGCUGGGACUCCAGAGGCCUCAGGCCGCCUGCCGGGGUCCUAUGUACAUAUCGAGACUGAAGCGGGGGACACCAGCAGUGGGGGGAAGGGUCAGGAAAGACCAUGGUGAAGGUGGCGCUUGGAGCAAGAAAGGGAUGCUGGGAAGAAUACAUGUGCUGUGUGAGGCCUGGCCAGGAACCUGUCCUCCCCUUCCUGAUGUUGGAGGAAUCCCUCCCCUUGGCCCUUUGGCGGCAGCAGAGGGAGUUUCCAAAUCUGAUGUGAUCACCAGUCUGGAAGAAGGGGACAAGCUGGGGGCUCUGGACCCACCCAGAGACAAGAGUGCAGAUUUUGAGACCAAGGCUAAGGACCAGAAAUGGGCUCCCAAGCAGGAAAUGUCUAAAGAGGGAGAAUCACAAGGGAUGAUGUUGGAAGCUUCCCAGGGACUGGAAUAUGGAGAAGCUUGGGAUUGUAUGGGAGGGUCAGAGAGGCAUCUGGGGAUCUUCAUGGAGGAGAAACUGAAGAAAUCCCCUUCUUCAGAAAGAGAUUUCAGAAAGAGUCCUACAGUAGACCAGAAACCUCCUCCUGAAAAGAUAGAGAUGGCAAGUGCCAAACUUGGGCAGAAUGUCAAUGUGGACCCAAAUCUAGUUCCCCGGAAGAGAAUUCCCACAGGGGUCAGAUCCCAUAUAUGUGACCUAUGCAAUCAGAGCUUUAAGAUCAGUGCGGAAUUAAUUAAGCAUCAGAAGAUCCAUGUAGGAGAGAAACCCUGUAAAUGUAAUGAAUGUGGGAAAGUGUUCAGCCAAAGCUCCUACCUGCUCCAACACCAGAGAGUUCACACUGGAGAGAAACCCUAUCAGUGCAAUGAAUGUGGAAAAGCAUUUGCUUGGAGCUCAAACCUUAUUCAGCACCAGAGAAUUCACACUGGAGAAAAACCAUAUGAAUGUAGUGAGUGUGGGAAGGCCUUUAGGGCACAUUCACAGCUUAUUCAUCAUCAAAAAAUUCACACUGGGGAGAAGCCCUAUCAGUGUAAUGAAUGUGGGAAAUCCUUUGGUCGGAGCACAACUCUUAUUCAACACCAGAGAAUUCACACUGGAGAGAAGCCCUAUCAGUGUAAUGAAUGUGGGAAAUCCUUUAACUGGAACUCAAACUUUAUUGAACACCAGAGAAUUCACACUGGAGAAAGACCUCACGAAUGUAAUGAAUGUGGGAAGGCCUUCAGCCAGAGCUCAAACCUAAUUGAACAUCUAAAAAUUCACACAGGAGAAAAGCCUCAUGAAUGUAAUCAAUGUGGGAAAUCAUUCAUGAGAAGCUCAGGCCUUAGACAACAUCAGAGAAUUCAUACAGGAGAGAAACCCUAUCCAUGUAAUGAGUGUGGGAAGACCUUCAGGGAGAGCUCACAACUCAUUCAGCACCAGAGAAUCCAUACUGGAGAGAGACCCUUUGAAUGUCACGAGUGUGGAAAAGCCUUCAUCUUGAUCUCAAAUCUUACAGAACAUCAGAGAAUUCACACUGGAGAGAAACCUCAUGAAUGCAAUGAGUGUGGAAAAGCCUUUAGUCAAAGGUCGAACCUCAUCAGUCACCAGAGGAUACACACUGGAGAAAAACCCUAUGAGUGCACUGAAUGUGGGAAGACUUUCAAGGGGAGCUCUGGCCUGGUUCACCACCAGAGAAUUCACACUGGAGAGAGGCCCUAUGAAUGUAAUGAAUGUGGUAAGACCUUCCGAGGGAGCUCAGAACUGAGACAGCACCAGAGACUUCAUUCUGGGGAAAAGCCUUAUGUAUGUAAUGAGUGUGGCAAGGCCUUUGUUCGAAACUCUGAGCUCAGCAGCCACCAGCGAAUUCACACUGGAGAGAGACCCUAUAAAUGUGGUGUGUGUGGCAAGCCUUUCAGCCAUCGCUCCAACCUUAAUGAGCACCAGAAAAGACACAUGGGCUUUAAGGUGAAGCCAUGAUCCUGAAAACUGCCCAGAAGCAUAAGUUGUAGCUGAGGACAAAGGAAGGGCUGCAGAGAGGGAGGCAGGCAAAGUUACCUCAUGGUGGUGUACAAGUGGGAAAAGCCCCAGCCCCUUGGGGGACACAGGGUGUGAGGCUCCCACAAAUCCAGGAAGAGUUGUAGUACUGCUACUCCCAUGCAAGAGAAGCCUAUAUAAACCUAGUUGGAAGGUAGCAGUGAAUAUCAGAUGUGACUCUCCCUUGAUGGCAGCCCAGGGGCAGAAUAUGCGGGGGUAGAUGAUUGGCUCCAGGUCAAUAAAGCUGUGUCUGCACGAAA